AUGGCAAAGACCAAGCGAGUCGAAAAAGUUGCGAUUGUUGGGGCCGGCAUAGCAGGAUUAUCGCUAGCCCACGCUUUGAGGAGUUCUGAGAAAGACCUGCAAAUAUCGGUCUUUGACUCUAGAGAGUCCUUGGAUUUCACAGCAGGUUCGGGAGUGCAACUCAACGGAGGAUUGUCAACCAUGGCGAAAAUCAAUCCAACAGUUCAUAAAGCCAUCUUGAACGCUGGAGUUCAGAUCGCAAAUCUUCGAGGGAAGAACAAGUCGUGGUCUCAGAAGACUCCAACAGAUUCGUUGUGGAAUUUCUCAGUAGAGAAAAUCAUCCGAGAUAAAGGAGGCGAUGCUGAGGACCAACUCAUUAUUGACAACCAAGUGCAAUGGGUUGCAAUCAUGAGAGGUGCACUGCAGCAAGUGCUUGCAGAUGCGCUUCCAGCCGAUGAUAAAAUAAAGGUUGAAUUCGGUAAGAACCUAGUUGGGAUCAAUUCCAAUGGAGUUGGCGGUGGAUGUUGUGAGUUUGAUGAUGGGACGAACGAUGGCAACUUUGACUUGAUUGUUGGUUGUGAUGGAGUAAAGUCAGCAGUCAAGGAGUACAUUGAAAAAGGAAAGAUUUCUGCCGAUGCGUCAAAGAGAGAAGGAAGUGCUGCAGCUAUUUAUUCUGGCAUCCGUAUUGCAUACGCCGUUAAAGAUGCCAGCGAAUCAGAAGAACGCAAGACCAGCUAUGAUAUCCAACAAACAUUUGCAGAUGGUUCAUACAUUUUCUCUGGAUCGUUCGGCAAUGGUCCUGGCGUAGCACCCUGUGAUUGUGUCUUCGUCAUCUCACUGGACGAUCGUUACAAUGGCCCGCUUGGAAAACGAAAGGCAGUUACCACCUCCGAAGAGGCAAUAUCUGAGAAUUCUGAUUGGACUCAAGACGAAAAGAAGUCUGAAGAAAAGUCAAGAGCUCAAAUGUUGACUCAGCUGGAAAAAGCGAAUAUUGGCGAUGAAAAGAUUGCUCAGACGAUUUCUGACGCCAGCCGAUUCUUCAACCUUGGAGUAUACUUCCACAAUCCCUUGUCAUUGUCGGGAUGGACGAAAGAGGUUCCAUCGUCUACGGGAGCCUUGACUGUUCUGUGUGGUGAUUCGGCACAUGCAAUGCCUCCUUUUCUCGGCCAAGGCGCAAACCAAGCCAUACAAGAUGCAUAUUGUCUUGCCGAAAAGAUUCGAAGCUACAACGCACAGAUAGAGUCCGACGAGGAUGAGCAUCAAGAUUUAAAGUCAAUGUUGAAGGAAUACGAAAGAGCGCGAUGGGGUGUGACGACAAGCAUCACAGCACAGGCUGCUAUCUUGGGCUAUUUGGAGACAGGAGGGAGAGAUGGAUUCUAUGCAAAGUUCAGAGAUGUUUUCUUCAAAGUGUUGGUGUUUCUGGGUGUUCCUGUUAAAGUGCUGCUAGACGCUGCAACCCCUCGUUUGCAAUAG